AUGUCGAAAGCGAAGGAUCUCUCUACACUCGUUGAAGUCACCAAGAACACCCAAACGCUUCUUACACACUACCAAUCGUCGCUUACCCCCAGCAAAACCAACACCGUCACUGCCAUCGCAUCCGCAUCCGCGCCCGAUCCGUCGACAGAAAUACCGAAUCCGCUCGAACUACUUCGCACCAGCAGCACGCUGCUCAAAUCGCACACGACGACCCUCUCACUGCUGCUCAUCAACCCGCCUCUGACGGCGUCUGCCCUAGUCACCAAGAUUGGCAAUGUGAGUGAAGGGCCGCUGACCGGGGUCGUGGCCGCGGCGAGUUAUGUGCCUGGAGUGGGACAACGGGGCGACGUGGGCGAAAUCAUGCGUGCGGAGAUGCGGGCGCAGGUCAAAGGCUUACUGGCGAGUUGGAGUGAGGUAUUGAGUAUUGUGCUUAGCAUUGCGCAGAAGCAAGGGACGAAGCAAGGAGGAAGCGUGACGGAAGCCGAGAAACAACAAGUGCUUUCUGCCACAGGCAUGGUGUGGGAUGCGUGUGAUGGAGUGGAGAAACUGUGCAAAGACGGCGUGGUGGGGCUCGUGGUCAAGAAGGCACAGGAGUUGCGGGCUGUGCUGCUCGACGCAAUCGAGGAGUUAAAGGAGUGGGGGGAAGAUGUUGCGGACGACGAUGAUGAUAACGACGACGAUGAGGCAGAGCACAGCGACCAAGAUGAUGUUUUCGCAACGGAAAAUAAACUAGGCAAAGACGACAAGGAGCUCAAGGCUCUCCUGGAUAAGAGCCUCAAGAAGCUCAAGAUGAUGGGCAUAUUAUACCAGGCGCUUGUCAAGAGGAGACUAAAGACAUAUCCUGCAUCGAAAGCAUUAACAGAAAAAGGGGAAGUACAAGAAGAGCAAAGUGGAGAAGAACAAGCGACAAAAAGUCCCAGCCUCAAACUCAGCGAACUCAUGGGCGUGCUGAAAAGUAUUCCAGAAACAGUCGAUGAUAUCGCUGCUGCUUUUUACGAUCUCGACGCCGACGAGGCGCAGGAGAUGCUGGAUCGGUGCUGUGCAGAAGCCAAGACGGCAGUUGAGCUUGUGCGCACGAGUUGGAGUGGGCAGGACGAUGAGUUUACGGCUUGGUCUGAGAAAUGGGUUGCUGCUCUUGAUGAUGCU